AUGGUCGACUACUGCAAUACCCGGUCAGCUGGCUCGACCAACACUCUGGCCGGAUCCACUGCAACUGCGGCCUCCAUCACGACCUUCCGAGCGGCGAAGACACGCCGGGACGCGCGAGAAAAGACGGCUCUCCACAUGUCCCUCGGAGAUCCUGGUGGACUGGAUGGAAGUCAGCAACAGGCACGGGUUCGCACGGUGCGCCUGGUACGACCCCACGGAUAUGGCCACCGAGCUCUACCGCAUGUUCCAGGCGUCAAUUUUGGCUUUUCCAUCCGUGGAGGACUCGAAUAUGGAACGGGUUUUUUUGUGUCCGCAAUCGAGCGUGACUCUGAGGCCGAUCGCCAAGGUCUGAAGGUCGGUGACCAGAUCAUCCGCGUAAACGGUUACCAGGUAGAGGACGCAGUACAUCGCGAGCUGGCGCAGUUCAUUGCCAAUCAGGACCGACUCAUCAUGAAAGUUCGCGGUUUGGGCAUCGUACCGAUCAAGGAACGAACGGCAGAUCCACUCACUUGGCACGUGGUCGCAUUUGGAGCUGCCCGCGAGAAACAAGACACACUGCUGCUCGAGGAACCUUGUGGUGGACGUGAUCUGAAGGUGAUCCUGUCCGUGGCACCACGCACCAAGCUGGGCUGUGGGAUUUGCAAAGGUCCGGACUGGAAACCGGGUAUUUUCGUACAGUUCACCAAGGAAGGUGGCGUAGCUCGUGAGGCUGGACUACGACCGGGCGAUCAGCUGAUGUCCUGCAACGGGCACAGCUUCGCCGAGGCGUCCUUCGGUGAAGCCGUCGCCGUGAUGAAGUCAUCACACGUACUCGAGCUGGUCGUGAGACCCAGUGCCGGGCUUGAUCUGUUUCCCGGUGAAUCGAGCGGGUAUAACAGUUCAGCCAGCAGCGUUAACGGAGACCAGAGUCCAUGCUGGGGCGAUCAGACUGCCAAGCGGUUGAGCAUCGUGCGCGAGGAGUCAAUUUCACACGAGCGACGUCGCGUGACCCUUCCGGAGCCUGUACCGGAGUUCCGGAGCGUGCCUGGACAGACAGUUUCGACCACUCAGCCACCGCCUCCACCACCGCAACCUCAGCAGCAACAACAGCAGCAGCAGCGCAGAAAGAACACCACGAUCAUCGAGUUCUCGGAGCGAGGCGCUAUCGUAAACCCUGACGCCAAACAGAGUGAAACGAAAACGGUCAUUGUCGAGGUGCACCGGAGCGCAUCGGCGGGCUCGAUGAUGACCAACGAACCGGGCAUCGAGAGGACCGGAAGAGAAGUAACCCCGUCCACCAUGAUCCCACCACCUCCACCGCUGUUUGCGGACGCCGAGCCACCCACUGUCGUUGGACUUUCGCCAGCAGAUGCGACGACACCGGCACCGGCACCGGAAACGGCCAUUGCUGCGGCGAACAGCCUGAGCAGUGCGAUAUCGGACGAGUUGCGUCGGCGGGCAGAAAAGAAGGCUGCUCCUGGGGUGUCUGGGAGUGAUCCAGCGGCAGCUUUGGCUGAGCUUGAGAGCAGGUUAAAGGAUAAGAGCUCCCGAUUGCGGCCAGUAACGAUGGCCAUUUCGGACGAGCGGCACACGGCGCUGAUGGACGAAUUUCGGGCCGUACACAAGCGGAUGUUUAAGAAUGGCUUCGAUAAUGCGGAGCUCAAGAAACCAAACGCCAGGGUGCACAUGAGCGAUGAAAUGAACGGCUCCGCUACGCAGGAUUCAACCAGUGGUGGCGUAAGGACCUCUCCAAAGGGUACGAUGGGACGAGUAGCGGCCUCCGAAAUGGCCAAGGCGAGUGGUGACAGUGCCGAGCUGGAGUCGAUCGAGUCGUUCAAGCUAAACAACCCACAACCGACGCCGGCACGGCCACCUUCGUACUACUUCUGCCCGCAGGCUACCGGUCCGGCAACGAUGAAGAAAACGCAAAAGCCCAUCGCCGUCACGAUCAGCGAGUACGCCACGAGUACCACGCGCACGGACGAGCCCAAAAAACCGUCCCGCUUCGAUUUCGGACCACUUCGAUCGGUCACUGAGGCAGUUGCCAGCGCCGGCGGUGCCAAGGAUGGGCCAGCAGGACAACGACAACGCUUGGCGCCCUUAACGUAAAACGUGCAAGUCCCUCGUGGGUUCGGUGAAGCAUACAAUGACAACCAAAUAUGAUCGAUGCGCGCAAA